UCCCCUCAGACCAGCCGCUGAGGCCGGCAGGGAAGGCGGUUUAUUCUCGGCGCUGAGGCUGAGGCUGAGGGGAGGCCGCAGGAGGGCGAGGGCGGUUCCCGGCGGUCCCUUCCCUGGAAGGCAGGCCCAAAAAAGCCGCGGAAGGAGAGGGACGGGGGUCGGCCUGCGGAACUGCCGGAGACUUGAGGCUGAGCCAGGAACCGUUGGUGAGCUUUCCUGUUUCUGGACUUUGCCAACAUGGAUAUGGGAGGCAGUAGCCGGAUCCCCUACGAUGAUUACCCAGUGGUCUUCCUCCCUCCGUAUGAGAAUCCUCCGACAUGGAUCCCCCCUCAUGAGAGGAUUUACCAUUCGGAUUACAACAACGAGUUAACCCAGUUCCUGCCUCGUACCAUUGUCCUGAAAAAGCCUUCGGGAGCUCAGCUGGGCUUUAACAUCCGAGGAGGAAAAGCUUCUCAGUUGGGUAUUUUCAUCUCAAAGGUGAUCCCGGAUUCUGACGCCCAUCGAGCCGGGUUACAGGAGGGCGAUCAGGUCCUGGCGGUGAACGAUGUGGACUUCCAAGAUAUUGAGCACAGCAAGGCUGUAGAGAUCUUGAAAACUGCUCGGGAAAUCAUUAUGAGAGUCCGUUUCUUUCCUUACAAUUACCACAGGCAGAAGGAGAGAACGGUUCACUAGAGCGUCCCUUCCCGACGACCACCUUGCCGACCUCUAGCCGGAUUCCGAUUUUUAAUUUCUUUUUGUAAUUCCGUGCUUCGUUGCGAAGCACGCUCUUUUAUUCGAUACAUAUUUUUUAAAAAUCCCUCUGACAGGCCCCAAAUAGUGUGGGUUUUU